AUGUCCCGGACAACUCCGAGCCGAGAUCAGCUCAUUGCUACGGCGCUCAAUUUUAUCCAAUCCUACAAUCAGUGGGACUUGCAGGCUAUCAUGGCCAUCCGAAGCCCCAUUUGCAUUCACUACACCCUCCCAGCCACACUGGAAGUACCUCCACGCUCAAACGCCGACUACCUAACAUUCAUGGGGCCAAUGCUGUCUGCAUUUCGGGCCGUUCACUUUUCGGUCAUCAGCGAUGACGAGACGGUCGUUGAUAUUGAAACACGGAGAGUCGUAUUGCAUUGCAGCAAUCGAGCGGAUACAGAUGCGGGAGAAUAUACGAAUGAGUACAUGUUCACCUUGACCAUGAGCGAAGAUGGGGAAAAGAUAGACAGUAUUGUGGAGUUCAUUGAUGCCGCGUAUACUACCGAGUUCAAGCGUCGUAUGAGUCUGACUUGGAAGUCGGCGCAUGCAGUCAAUGAUGCAUAG